AACAACAGCACAGCUGUUCAUGGAAUAUUAAUCACUUUCUCCAACCAAAAGUAAACAAACCUCUAGAGAUAAUAACACCCAUUUUUAUUAUGUUUAAAAUACACCUUAAAGUCUGUUAUUACACUAAUAACGCAACAAAACAAUGAACCAAACCCAAACGAGAAAAACUCGCUUGAAAAAACCAUGGAAGAAAGUACUGUACGAAAAACAAGACUAUCCAGAUAACUACACAGACCAAAACAUCUUUCUUAAAGAUCUUAAGAAAAAUAUAUACUUGAGAGAAGUGACCUUAAUAGAAGCUUGCAUUGGAGCUAACAGGGUGCUACAAGAGUUUUGUGCCAUCGUUCUUUUUUCAAUCAUUUACAUUUAUAUUGUAAAUCAGCAAGUCGAGUCAUGGAUUGUAUUAUAUGGAAUGAGCAGCAUCAGUUUCCUGGGGUUUGUGUUUUAUAGGGUUUACUUUCAAAGUUGUUCAAAGAACUACGGCAUAGGAUAUGACAUCCGAACAAUCCUGACAUUCAUAGCCUUCGGCCAGUUAUUUUCCCCAGUGCUGCACACCUUAACAGAUACCAUAAGCACAGAUACAAUCCACACAAUGGCCUUCCUAAUGCUCCUGAUCCAUCUUAUAUUCUUCGAUUUUGAAGUGCCCGCAGCUUUAGUGUCCAGAAGUCUUUCCCUCAGCGCCGCUAUAUUCGCCUCGAUCUGCUUGGCUUCCAGAUUAUCAUCGGCGUCGGAAGCAUUUGUGCUAUUAACGGUUUCAACGCAAAUUUUUGUGUUAUCACCCAUUUUGAGGAAAGAACUGCACCAUCCAGUGAUAUUGACUGUGAUUUUAUUAAUAUUGGAUGUUUAUUUUUUGAAAAUUCUUUCAAACUUAUUAGCAGUGCUUUUUGUUGCUUGUGUAGUAUUGAUAAAUUUCAUAUGCCCGAUGCUAUUUGUUAAGUAUCAGAAGUAUAAGGACAAUAUUUAUGGACCCUGGGAUGAAGCAGUUGUCAAGGAUAUUGAUAAAGUUGUGUAUUAGUUUAAUCAAAUGAA